ACCAACAUUAUCACUUCCGACUUCCUGAAACAAAAUCUCACCGAACUAAAGAAAUGGCAAAGGAAGGAAUCUAAUAUGUUGGACUGGACCCCAUGUGUAAAAUUUGUUUGUGAUCUGGAAGAAAAAAUCACGAUAUCCCACUCCUCUCUUCAAUAUUGGACUCACUCCCAGUCACUCGGACUUCCUCCACCCUCUGUUGGCUGGCUGACGAUAACUCCUCCAGUUUAUUCAUGUUCCCUUUGUCUGUGCUGGAUCUGCUACACUGACGGGGCAAUGGAUACACAAUUCUCUGGACCAGAGAUUUACCAACAGGAAUUUAAUUCAAAAGAUUAUUAUGAUUCAUACUAUUCAUCAAACCAAGGAGCAUUGCUCGGAGAAUGGACAGAUUUUGUAUUAAGGAACUUCCAUCAAAUCUUCUCUUCAGGAAAUGUUAAAGGAAACACACUGAUUGAUAUUGGUGCAGGACCAACAAUAUAUCACUUGUUGUCAGCUUGUGAAGUCUUUACUAACAUUAUCACUUCCGACUUCCUGGAGCAAAAUCUCACCGAACUAAAGAAAUGGCUGACGAAGGACUCUAAUAUGUUGGACUGGACCCCAUGUGUGAAAUUUGUUUGCGAUCUAGAAGGAAAAAGUGUUAAUUUGGCAGAAAAGGAAGAGAAACUUCGCAAAACUGUGCAGCAAGUUUUGAAAUGUGACGUACUGAAGAAGAAUCCAUUUGAGCCACUUGUUCUUCCACCAGCUGAUUGUCUAAUAAGUUGUCUCUGCUUAGAGGCUCCAUGUAAGGACGUGGCUUCCUAUUGUAACACCCUGAAAAGCCUUAAGGACUUGCUCAAACCAGGAGGCCAUGUCAUAAUUCAGAGUGCACUAAAUACUUCGUUUUAUUAUGUUGGGGGAAAAAAGUUUUAUUGCUUGAGUAUAACAAAGGAAGAAAUUGAGAAGGCUUUUGUAGAAGCUGGUUAUGAAAUUGUGAAUUUAGAAGUGAAGCAGCGUGAAGAUAAGUCUAGGCUAGACGUCUCCGAUUAUGACAGCUACUACUGUGUUCAUGCCCGUAAACCAUGCAGUGUAUAACAGUGUUCUGCAACCUUUUAACACACGUGGCCCGGCGAAAAAAAGGAGAAAUAUUUUGCGGACCGGUUUCAGGCUGAAAUAAAAACCAAUGGUAUGUGUGAGGGGUGUUGUGUGUGUGUAAGGGGUGCAGUAUGUGUGUAUGAGGGUGGUGUGUGUGUAUACAGGGCAGUGUGUGUGAGGUUAUGGGGGCAGUGUGUGUGUGUUUGAGGGGGCAGUGUGUGUGUAUAGUUGCAGUGUGUGUGAGAUGGGGGCAAUGCGUGUGUAUGGAUGCAAUGUGUGUGUAUUGGGGGUAGUGUGUGUAUUGGGGCAGUGUGUGUGAGGGUAUGGGGCAGUGUGUGUAUAGGGGCAGUGUGUGUAUGGGGUGCAGUGUGUGUGAGGGCUAUAGUGUGUGUAUGGGGCAGUGUGUGUGGAGGGGCAGUAUGUGUGUAUAGAGACAGUGUGUGUGGGGGGUGGUGUGGGGGGGUGGGCAGUGUGUGUGUGUGGGUGCAGUAUGUGUGUAUUGGGGCAAUGUGUGUGUGGGUGUAUAGGGACAGUGUGUGUAUGGGGAGCAGUGUGUGUGUAUGGGGUUAAAUUAUUGUGGGUCUGUGGGGUUGGAGGGUUGAUUAAUAAAUUAUAAAGAAAAAUGUAAUUACAGUAAUAAAAAUAAUAAUUUUGAUGUCCCCCUUCCCUGCUUACCUUUGCCUUGUGGUCCGUGGGGAAGGCCUGGUGGUCCAAGUGGUAAGAGAUAACUCUAGCAGCUCAGGUUAGAGUUCACUCUUGUGAGAUUUGGAGCGUUGCCACAGUAACCGCAGCAACGCUCUGAGUUUGCGAGAGGAGAACCCAGCGGAGCUGCAGGUUAGAGCUCCUCCAAGUCCUCUCUCUCCCCCUCAUUUCCCUGCUAGCAGGCCGAAGAGGGAGAACUCUGAUCUCCCCUCCGGUCCGGCAGAGCCAGCAGGGGAGAGGUAGGCACGGACGGUUCCCGGUACUAUGAUCAUAUGAUCAUAUGAUCAUAGCACCAGUGAAAUAUUUUGCGCCAAUUUAUUGCCAGUCCGUGAAAGCUUUCACCCAACGGAUAAAGUCGGGUGAAAGCUUUCGCGGACCAGCGCCAGUCUGUGGACUACCAGUUGAAGACCACUGGUCUACAACUUUUUCAUCAAUAAUGGUAGAUGUGAGCUUUUAUCUUUUAUCAAAGAAUAAAACAUGUUUACGAUGAUAAAGUGCAUUGCAAUAUGAUUUAUCAGUUGAUCACAGUUGGAUUUUUAGCACAUGAUGUGCAAAUACACAAUAUAUUAGUGGAUAUUUCCCUUUGUAAGCACAUAUUUCUUUGUAAAUAACUAGGUAUUCACAUAAAAUAUCCUCUCUCUCUCCUAAAAAUAGCACAACAAACAUCUUUUAGCUUUGCAAAUAUAAUUCUGUGUGCUAUCUCAAAUGUUACUGUCCACUGAAAUGUGUGGAAAUGUCCAUGUGCAACUCGGUGAAGGGUAUGUGCCCAUAUAUGAUCUCCAUAUAGCACAUUAUAUACCAUGAAAGCCUUUACUUACAAAAACACAAUCACUACUACAGUGUUUAGGUAAUGUUCUAUUUUUGUUCUAAUGAUCAGCUUUAAUACUAGCUAUGUAUCAGGUUAUACAUUACUUUGCAAAUAAUGCUAAUGACAAACAUUUGCUCUUAACAGCGAUCUCUAAUCCAUUCUGGCUCCUGCAAUGUUAUUUUAGAUAUAUUAAUGUUUUUCUAGCACAUAUAAUUUGUGAAUCUGUGUUCAAUAAACAAUGGUGGAAAAACAUUUUAUACAUCUUGUUAAAGAUAAUCAUACUACUUUUACACUUUUUUUUCCUAAUUCAUUACUAUGUGUUAUUGCAAGAAUAAAGUUAGUUUGAUAUUAUGUGUAGUAUUCCCCUCUAUCAAUACACUAUUGCUCCUAUUUUCUAUUCUGUAAUAUCACCAUACAUUAUUUUCCUAUUGAUGAAAACGGUGAUAAUUCCAUUAAGAUAAAUAAAAUUGUCUCUGUUUAUGCUUUCAUCUUAUGUUUUAUGGAAAAGGUACAACU